CAUUAAUGUACGAACCGCGAAAGCUGAAGAACAAGAGAGAAGAAGUCUGAUGCGAUAUUCAUAAUACAAGUCUCUUCAAUAUCUACCAGAAGAGGGGAAAUGACGAGAAGGAAAAUACAGAUAAAGAAAAUCGACAGUGUAACGGCAAGACAAGUGGCUUUCUCAAAGAGAAGGAAAGGUCUCUUCAAGAAGGCACAAGAACUCUCAACUCUCUGUGAUGCUGAGAUUGCUCUCUUGGUCUUCUCUUCCACUGGCAAGCUCUAUGAUUAUGCUAGCUCAAGUAUUCAGCAGGUAAUAGAAAGGUAUGAUCAACAUUCAGCCAUUCAAAUACAAGGCAAACCAUCUGUUGAUCUGCAGCUCGAAGAUGAUGAGAAGGAACUGCACAAGGUAGCAGUAGCAGAAAAGACUCGUGAAUUGAGGCAGCUGAACGGGGAAGAGCUUCAAGGAUGCACGCUUGAAGAAUUGCAGACACUAGAGGAAAGACUUGAAAGAGGCUUGUCCCGUGUUUCAAAAACAAAGGAUGAAAGAAUCUUAAAACAGAUCAAUGCACUUAAGAGAAAGGGAAUCCAACUCAUGGAAGAAAACCGAAGAAUGAAGCAGAGCCUUGUGCAUGAACAAGGGCAGUCUUCUGAGUCCAUCAUCGUUUGCAGUUCAUCUGACAUUAAUCCUCCUCAAGACUGCUAUAGUUCUGAUAAGUCUCUCAGGCUUGGGUUGUCUUUAUUCAAAUAAAAGCAUAAAUGUUCAUUCCUUAGAGAACUGUACUUAUGAGCAGGGAAACACAAUCUCUAGCAUCCAUUUAAUGGUCUCUUAAAAACCAUUAUGUGUGUGUGGAGGGCUAUUAUCAGGCCACGCUGAGAAAAUUGUACUACAAUUAUCUCUCUCAAACUAAUU